AUGUUGUGGAAAAUAACAGAUAAUGUCAAGUAUGAAGAGGAUUGCGAGGAUCGUCACGAGGCGAGCAGCAAUGGGAACCCGCGCAUCCCCCACCUUUCUUCUGCCGGACAACACCUCUACAGCCCCGCGCCACCUCUCUCGCACACCGGGGUUGCAGAGUAUCAGCCGCCCCCGUACUUCCCGCCGCCCUACCAGCAGCUGGCAUACUCGCAAUCCGCUGACCCCUACUCUCACCUGGGGGAGGCUUAUGCUGCUGCCAUCAACCCCCUGCACCAGCCUGCGCCCACCGGCAGCCAGCAGCAGGCCUGGCCGGGUAGACAGAGCCAGGAGGGCGCUAGCCUGGCCCCGCACCAUGGCCGCCCUGCCGGCCUGCUACCCCACAUUUCAGGGCUUGAAGCUGGUGCGGUGAGUGCCCGGCGGGAAGCCUACCGCCGAUCCGACCUGCUGCUGCCACACGCACACGCUCUGGAAGCCGCUGGCCUGGCAGAAAACCUCGGACUGCAUGACAUGGCUCACCCCAUUGAGGAGGUGCAGAAUGUGGACGACCCGCACCUGCUUCUACACGAUCAGACUGUCAUUCGCAAAGGACCCAUCUCAAUGACCAAGAACCCUUUGGGCCUCCCCUGCCAGAAGGACCUGGUAGGAGCCGUUAUGAACCCCAGUGAGGUCUUCUGCUCUGUUCCUGGAAGACUGUCCCUGCUCAGCUCCACGUCCAAAUACAAAGUGACAGUGGCCGAGGUACAGAGGCGACUGUCACCACCUGAAUGCCUAAAUGCCUCGCUCCUGGGAGGUGUGCUCCGAAGAGCAAAAUCCAAAAAUGGAGGCCGGUCCUUGCGGGAGAAGUUGGACAAAAUUGGCUUGAACCUUCCAGCUGGGAGACGGAAAGCUGCCCACGUCACCCUGCUCACGUCUCUCGUGGAAGGUGAAGCCGUCCACUUGGCACGGGACUUUGCUUACGUGUGCGAGGCUGAAUUUCCCAGUAAAGCAGUGGCCGACUACUUAACCAGACCACAUCUCGGGGGACGGAAUGAGAUGGCCACGAGAAAGAGUAUGCUGCUGGCAGCACAGCAAGUGUGCAAAGAAUUCACAGACCUUCUGAUUCAAGAUCGAACACCCAACGGGAACAACAGGCCCACUCCAGUCUUGGAGACGAACAUACAAAACUGCCUGUCUCAUUUCAGUCUGAUAACUCACGGCUUUGGCAGCCAGGCCAUCUGCGCUGCGGUGUCUGCGGUGCAGAAUUACAUCAAGGAGGCUUUGCUUGCCAUUGACAAGUCCUAUAUGAACCCGGGAGACCAAAGUCCUGCUGACUCCAACAAGACCAUGGAGAAAAUGGAAAAGCACCGGAAAUAA